UCACCGGCCUGGGUAUUUCCGCGUCUGUCAGUAAAUAAAGUUGGGUUGACGGGGAGCUCCCCGCUCCCCUUCCUCACCCCCCUGUCUGAAAGCGACUCCUCGCCCGUCUCCCCUUCCCUCACCCACCCCUCCGGACAGCGGGAGGCCGGCCGUGCAGCCCAAUGGAAGGUUUCCUUCAGAUGCCGACUGUACAAUGGACGCACAACAUCACCCCAGCCCCGCCCUACAUUCGGAUUCUGGAGCAGCCCAAGCAGCGGGGGAUGCGCUUCCGGUACAAGUGUGAGGGCCGCUCGGCGGGAAGCAUUCCUGGUGAGAAGAGCACGGACAGCACGCGGACGUACCCGGCCAUCGAGAUCGUGAAUUACCUCGGCCCGGCCCGGGUGCGGAUCUGCCUGGUGACCAAGAAGGAGCCCUACAAGCCCCACCCCCAUGACCUGGUGGGGAAGGACUGCAAGGACGGCUACUACGAGGCCGACCUCCCGGAGAGGAGCGUUCACAGCUUCCAGAACCUGGGCAUCCAGUGCGUGAAGAAGCGGGAGGUCGCCAUGGCUCUGCAGAACCGGCUCAGCAAGAACGUCAACCCCUUCAACGUCCCGGUGGAGGAACUCCAGAACGACUCCGAGGAGGAUCUGAACGUGGUCCGGCUCUGCUUCCAGGUUUUCCUCCCCAACGAGAUGGGCCUCUGCACCGUACCGCUGCAACCCAUCGUCUCCAACCCCAUCUACGACAACCGAGCUCCAAACACGGCCGAGCUGAAGAUCUGCCGGGUGAACAAGAAUUCCGGGAGCUGCCGGGGCGGCGAGGAGAUCUUCCUGCUUUGCGACAAGGUUCAGAAAGAGGACAUCGAGGUCCGUUUCUUCACCAGCGACUGGGAGGGCAAGGGCUCCUUCUCGCAGGCGGACGUGCACCGGCAGGUGGCCAUCGUCUUCAAGACGCCGCCGUACAAGGACGUGAUGCUGACACAGCCGGUCACCGUGCACAUGCAGCUGCGGCGGCCGUCGGACAAGGAGGUCAGCGAUGCCAUGGAGUUCCAGUACCUCCCCGAGGACAAAGAUCCGUACGGGACCCAGGAGAAACGGCGCAAGACCCACAACGAGUUUGUCAACAUGCUUCAUAAGUGCCAGAUACCAGGGGUGCCCAUAUCCAAGAGGCCGAUAUCGAUCCCGUCCCGCGGGCCCGACGGCAGAGCAAAGCCGAAACACUUCCACAAGCCCCCCCACACAGGGGGCAGCACUCCAGACCUGCUGGGCGGCACGGGACCAGUGCCCUCUACCUACCCGCCGCUCGACAGCCUGGGCCUGGAGCCCCGCCGGGGCCAGGACGCGCCGGGCAGCCUGGGGCCGGCCUUCCCUCACUUCCAGCCGCAGGGGAUGGGCCUGCUGGGCAAUCUCUUCCCGCCGCCCCAGGUGCAGCCCCAGCUGCCGCCGGCCCCCAAGGCCACUGAGCCACACCCCGCCUUUGCCACCAUCGACGCCACCGAGCUGUUCGGCUCGGCGUUCCAGGCGGGCACCGAGGCAGCGGGCCUGGACAGGCCGGAGCUGUACCUGGACGAGCCAGUGGCCACCAUGGAGCAGCUGCUGCCCGGCCAGGACGGCGAGUGCGUCAGCCUGGGGUCCAUUGACAACGGCGACUUCCGCGACCUGCUGUCCCGCCAGCCCGACUUCGCCCUCGCCGGCCCGCAGCAGCCCACGCUGAUGAGCUACUCCCCCGACCUGAUCAAGCUGAUGGGCAGCAGCCAUGAGCUGCGGGCGGGGGUGGGGGCGGGGGCCGUGGCCCCGGGGGGGCCGGCCCUCAACGGCGAGCUGGAGGCGGCGGUGACGGCCUCCGACUUCCUGCCGGACGACGACGAGCAGUUCAUGUCCAUCUUCACACAGAGCUUCGAGCUCAUGAACUCGUCCGAGAUCAAUAACAUGUACGAGACAGAGCGGGCCAGUCAGGGAGCGGGUGGGGGGAGGGAGUGAGGCGGGGGACAGAGG